CAAAAAGGCCCCAAGAUGCCCGUUUCCUGACGUCCACACAGCAUCCACUGCACUUCUUCUGCGCUUCAUGUGUCCACUUGACCCUGCGGAUUGAACCUCUUACUCUUUUGCUCCUUUUCUCUCUGCAACAACCCAGCUCGACUCUCUUCUGCUGUUUUCAUACCAAGGCCGACCCUCGACUCUCUACUGCUGCUGUUUUCAUAGCGUGCUUUGCGACAGUCAUAUCACGCUUCUCGCUGCGGUCAUCAGUGCCUGUGCCUUUGUCGCUUUUCAUGUCUGGCAACUCCUCGCAGCGCAACGACCCAUUGGAUGAUUCCAGGCCGUGGUGGUUUCCACGAGUGCCCAGCAGACGAGAGCGGAUCCCUGGUGAACGACGUCGUACGGCUCCAACCACAACCACAACCACGUCUGGAGAAUUUCAUAGAGCUAUAGCGAGGUAUAACCGAAACAUUGAACGGGUCCGCCGGAAUCUCGACGCUGUAGAAAACCGACGUUAUCAUCCGGAAGCCAGCAUGUCCUCUGCUGAUAGGGAUCUGCGACGAAGAUUCAAUCGUGAUCCGCCCACCACCAACGACCCGCCCGCAGUCCCCGGCGCUCCCUCACUCCCCCCUCUCCGGUCUCUUGGCUCGAGAGCUCGACCUGGCAUGGCGUCGGGGUCAGGCUCACGAUCAAGCCGCUACCGCCCCGAGCGGUUGCUCCGCGCCACCAACUUUGAUUCCCGCAUCAAUAAUACUUCUUCGCAUGUCGUCUCCGAUGAGCAUCCCGACGCCAACUCUCACCUUCGCGCCCUCUUGGACUUGCCCAAUAUCGGCACCCUCAUCUCACCACUGGCUCCCACGAGCAUGACGCCCACAUUGUACAGCCAGGACACCGAGGACACCCGUCGCACCAAGCGGCGAAAGCUGGACAAUGAUAAGGUCGGUCCAAAGUUCAAGGGGUUCCAUUAUGGAUAUUAUGGACAGUUGGAGCCCGGCAGGUUGACCAUGGAGAUUGUGAGCUGUGACGGGGGGCUCUAUCAAGAAUCACUACAAUACCCGCCGGAAAAUAUCCUGAAGAAUGACGAUUCAGUGUACUGCACCAAAGGCAAUCGGUGCAACAUCAUCCUGAGGCAUACAGGCGGGACCGUUUUCAGCCUUACCGAGCUUGUCAUCAAGGCCCCCGGAUCGAGCUACUCAUGCCCGGUUAGAGAAGGGAUGGUGUUUGUGGCCAUGAAGUCAGACGAGCUCCUCACCCGCACAGCGCAGUAUCAGAUCCAGUAUCUCCCCCCGCAACAAAGGACAAAUAACACCCUAGUAUAUUCGGUCCGUCAUGAGGAGGACGGUAGUUCCAUCACACGCCUUCAACCACCGGUGCGGGAAUUCAGCUUUGGUCUGGACGACGAUGAGGACUAUAGAACAGCCCAAAUCCCGCCAGAGUUUGCUGUACCGCCACCCCCGUUCAACAUUACGACAGAAUGUACCGACGAUGGUAGCGACGACGAUGAUGAUGGACGUGUACUUCCCCCGCAUCUCCGGUCACGUAACAGAAGGACGCCGAACCGUAUAGGGUCACUGCCAUUUGAGAGCGAGAGCAGCGAAGAGGACCGAGACCCAUGGGGUAACCCGUCCUCGGACUGGAGAGCUUUCGAUAACUUGACUCGGCGUCGAUAUACCGCUCGCGGUGGCGGACGGCAGCAUGAAAGUACCAGCAGUACCACGUUGGAAGAAGCCCAAGAAGCUUCCCAAAUCGCAACGCAAGAGGCGGUACGGGCAGUUGGUGGCGAGCUCAUGGCACCGUUGGCACACUUCUUUAUCGAAAAGGAUAAGAAUAAGUGCACCAUUCGGUUUGAUCCGCCAGUGAGCGGGCGUUUUAUACUCCUCAAGAUGUGGAGUCCUCCACAGGACCUGUCUGAUCGGUCGAGCAAUAUCGAUAUCGAGGCAGUGGUUGCCCAAGGAUUUGCCGGGCCAAGGUACUUUCCUUCAGUGGAGCUUGCCUAAAGACCGGGUGAGGGAUCUCGGUGUUUGGCUCAUGGAGUGUGGGAUAUACUUGUAGAUGCAUUUUGGCGGCGAAUUGGCGUACAACCGGAACCUCUGGUGGACUGGAGGAAAAGCAUUGGAAGGGGUGUUGACCUGCAUGAUCACAGCAUCAUGAAGUUACUUUGUUCUGCAUUUGAAGUUUUCCAUGUGGCAUGGCGAGCAGGAGCCUGUAUAAGACAUGAGGGUAUGCAGUGAGAUGAAUAAACAAUCAUUUGGCCUUUGGGAGUGUCUAGCAACAUCAAACAUACACAACCCUGUACCAUUCUACAUACAUUUACUAAGAUUAACAUCCUUGAGACUUUUGG